AUGGCGUCCUCGCUGUGGCAGACCGUCACCAACUUCGGCCGCCCGCAAGCGCAAAAGCAGCCAGAGCAGCACGCCAGCGUCAACAACGUCAAGAUGGAUCCCCCACCAAAGAAGAUGAAGGCGUGGAUGACGGCGCUCAAUGGGCUCGACAAGCUCCAGCAGAGCGAGGUGGACGUGCCGGAGCCGCGGGACGGCGAGGUGCUGGUGCGCAUCGAGGCAGUGAGCCUCAACUACCGGGACACCGAAGUCGUCAAGGGCGAGUACAACCACAUGCCCUCGCUCCUCUCCCCAGGCGAAGCCAUCGUCCCCUGCUCCGACAUGGCCGGCACCGUCGUCACCUCGCGCGGGGACGCCGCCUCGCACCUCCCGCCCGGCACGCGCGUCAUCUCCAUCUUCCUGCAAGACGACCUCAGCGCGCCGCUCCGCGAGGAGGCCCUCGCCACGGGCCUCGGCUACCCGCUCCCCGGCGUGCUCUGCCACUACCGCGUCUUCCCCGCGCGCACCCUCGUUCGGUGCCCGGCCUACCUCUCCGCCGCCGAGGCCGCCACCCUGCCCAUUGCCGCCGUGACGGCCUGGACGAGUCUGAAUUGGAUGCGUCCGCUCGGCUCGCACGUCGGCACCGACCCUCCAGACGUGAUUGCGAAGCGCACCGCCCUCAUGCAAGGCACGGGGGGCGUCGCCAUCGCGGGCUUGCAGAUCGCGCACGCGGCCGGGCUCAAGACCAUCAUCACGUCGUCGUCAGACGAUAAGCUGAAGCGAGCGCGCGAUGAGCUCGGCGCCGACACGGGCAUCAACUACCGCACGUACUGGCAGUGGCAGGAGCCCGUCAUGAAGGCCACGGGGGGACGAGGCGUAGACGUCAUCUUCGAGACGGGCGGCACGCGCACCAUCCGCAAGUCAUUCGAGAGCAUUGCCUUUGGCGGCGUCAUCAACUGCAUCGGCUACCUCUCGGGGAAGCACGAAGACGGCGACGAUGAAGGGGACGGCGACAAGACGCCGCAGCUGCACCGACUCAACGUCAACGUCAUGGCGUUGCGCCGCAAUGUCACGCUUCGCGGCAUCAUCAACGGGCCCAAGGACCGGUUCGAGGAGAUGCUCGGCUUCUACGAGGAAAAGAAGAUCAAGCCCGUCGUGGACAAGGUCUUUGACUUUGACGACGUCAAGGACGCGUUCGACUACCUCGUCAAAGGGAAGCACUUUGGCAAGGUCGUCAUCAAGGUCUCGGAGUGA